AUGUGUACAAACUUCACGAAUUUGAUCAAAGCCUGCCCUAAAGACUCUUACCCUCUUCCGAGCAUCAAUGCUUUGGUAGAAGGGACUUCAGUGUUCCAAGUGCUGAGUUUAUUGGAUGCCUAUUCAGGGUAUAACCAAAUCCCCAUGUACCCCCUGAUAGUGAGAAAACAACCUUUAUCACCGAGCGGUCGAAUUACUGCUAUGAGAAGGUGCAUGGAGGUAUAUGUGGAUGACAUGGUCGUUCGGAGCAAGUCGGUAGAAGAUCAUGUAAAAGAUCUUACUGAUGUGUUCGGCCAAGUUCGUAAGUAUGGUAUGCGGUUGAAUCCAGCUAAAUGUACCUUCAAGGUACCUGCUGGAAAUUUUUUGGGCUUUAUAUUGAUGGCCAGAGGGAUAGAGGCAAAUCCUGAUAAGUGCAAGGUGGUGAUGAAGAAGAGUGUUGAGACCAGUUGGGACGAUCGGUGCGAAGAGGCCUUGAGCGAGGUAAAGGGCAUUCUGGCUAACCUGUUCUGGAUGGGUCGACCUGAUCCAAAGCACGAUUUGUAUUUGUUCUUAGCGGCAUCGAAAGAAACAAUCAAUGUGGAUAUGAGCCAUCAAUUGGUGGUAAGAACCGACCAUCCCAUUGCCAACAUAUUACGCAAGACAAAUUUGGUGGGAAGAAUAGUAGGUUGGUCGGUGAAGUUGUCCGAGUUUGGAUUGCGGUUUGAAUCGCACGGCUCUGUGCGGGGGCAACACUUAGAUGAUUUUGCAGUUGAAUUGCCUCAGCAAGGAGAUGAACCUUUGCGGCCUUGGAAACUCUAUAUUAACAAUAAUCAAGCUGAGUAUGAAGAAGUGAUUUCUGGCCUUGAACUAGCCAAAGACUUGGUGGACCAUUCCGUUGAGUGCUGGACAGAUUCACAACUGGUGGUUGGGAAGCUAAACGGGAGUUUUCAGACUAAAGAUGACCAACUGCUUCGUUACUAUCACAAGACCAAGGAAUUAAUUAAGCAAUUCCAAACGGUUGAAGUGAAGCAUGUUCCCAAGGCAAAGGCCGACAUCUUGUCAAAAAAAGAGAUUGGAGAGUUGAUCAAAAGGCAAGAGCAAGGCUCAUCAAUACGAGUGACGGAGGCUAAGAAGAUCGAUCGUUACUUGUUCAUAGGCGACGACCUUUAUAGGCGAGGGUUUUCAGCACCAUUGUUGAAGUGCGUCUCGCUGGAGGAAGCCAAAUAUGUUAUGAGGGAACUCCAUGAAGGGGCAUGUGGAAUGCAUACCAGGUAG